GAAGUUAAAGCAGCAUCAGUCCCAUCAAGCCCCUCCCCCACCUACCAGAGCUCAGCACUGACCACACCAAAACCCAAAGCUCAUCAGCUGAGCAUCAAGACGUUCUCCAGUCCAACUCAGUGUACACACUGCACCUCACUGAUGGUGGGACUCCUCCGCCAGGGCUACGCCUGCGAAGUGUGUUCCUUCAUCUGUCACGUUACCUGUAAAGACCACGCCCCCCUAGUCUGUCCAAUCCCAGCAGAGCAGGCCAAGAGGCCUCAGGGCAUCGACGUCCAGAGAGGCAUCGGCACUGCGUACAAGGGAUUUGUCAGGGUUCCUAAGCCCAGCGGCGUAAAGAAGGGCUGGCAGCGAGCGUUCGCUGUGGUCUCUGACUGUAAACUGUUUCUCUAUGAUGUCCCAGAGGGGAAGUCCACGCAGCCAGGUGUGGUGGCCAGUCUGGUCCUAGACCUCAGAGAUGAGGAGUUCUCCGUAAGCUCUGUCUUGGCAUCAGAUGUGAUCCACGCCACCAGGAAAGACAUCCCCUGCAUCUUCAGGGUGACAUCAUCGCAGCUGAUUUCGCAGAUCUCGUCUGUGUCUCUGCUGGUCCUGGCAGAGAGUGAGCUGGAGAAGAGAAAGUGGGUCCGGAUCCUCGAGAGUCUGCAGAGCAUCCUGACCAAGAACCUGCUGAGGAGCCAGCCGGUCCAUGUUCUGCACGAGGCCUACGACGCUUCACUCCCGGUCAUAAAGACCACGCUGUCAGCUGCUGUGAUCGAUCGAGAGAGGGUCGCUCUGGGGACAGAAGAUGGACUGUUUGUGGUGGAGGUCACCAGAGACGUGAUUGUGCGAGCAGUCGACAGUAAGAAGGUUUAUCAGAUCGAUUUGAUCCCGAAGGAGAAAAUCGUGGCUCUGCUCUGUGGUCGCAAUCGUCACGUUCACCUUCUCCCCUGGGGGGUGCUGGAGGGCGCAGAGCCUGCCUUUGACUUUAAGCUGGCAGAAACCAAAGGUUGCCAGGCUUUGACCACAGGGGUGCUCCGACCUGGAGGACCCGCCUGCCUGCUGGGUGCUGUCAAACGCCAGGUUCAGUGCUACGAGAUCACUCGUGCAAAGCCCCACCAUAAGAAGCUGUGGGAGGUUCAGGCUCCCGGUUCGGUGCAAUGGUUGGGUAUGGUGAAGGAGCGGCUGUGUGUCGGGUAUCCUUCGGGCUUUGCUCUGCUGGCCCUGCAGGGCGAGUCUUCCCCCAUCAGUCUGGUGAGCCCUGGUGACCCGUCGUUGGCCUUCCUGUCCCAACAUCCCCUGGAUGCACUGCAUGCCCUGGAGGUCGGAUCCAAUGAAUUGCUGCUCUGCUUCAGCCAGCUCGGCAUCUAUGUGGAUGGACAGGGCCGCCGGUCCCGAACCCAGGAACUGAUGUGGCCUGCCACACCGCUUGCUUGUA